GCUGCGGAAUCGAUCAUUGGCGACCUCGCCAGAUUACGCGCGACCGCCAGAGUUGAAGUUCCCGAGCCUCCUAGCACUACAGAGACUGUUACUGACCAACCACAGCAAGGUGCAAUCAUAACUGUUGAGAAACCACACCCUGAGGAAAAGGAUGUUGUUGAAGACCCAGUAGAGAUGAUGCUAAGUAGGGCGAGAGAAGCUCUGAUGGCUGACAAGCUGGAGAGGAAGAUCGAUCG